AUGGCUUCUCCAAGUAUACGGUCGAGAAGUGCCAUGUACUCUUUUGAGGCCAAGAAGGCUUACCUGGAUAACAAGCUUGAAAGCCUUCAUGCUCUUGACCGUCCUGCUAUGCGGCACAUGAGAUCAUGGCACCACACUUCCUUCUCUUCUACAGCAGAGACUGUCGUUGGCAAUGACGAUCAUGACCAUCACCACCUUCAUCACAAGAAGGAAUCCCCUUUUUACACUCUCAAUGUCAUCUCAGAACAGCCCCCAACACCACCUGAAGAGCCCAAAAUCCAACAAGACCCUUACUUCUCCGUUCCUACAGAAAACCCCUUCAACCUCAAAGUCUCUCCGUCAAAGGACUCAUUCUUCUCUAUUACCAGUGAAGAGAAUGUCUACCCUCUAGAGACAGAUCCUGAAAAUGAAAAGCCUAGCCCCACUACGUCUCUCCCACCAAAAAUCGUGUCAUCAAAAUUUGUUGCCCCUGCACCAGUGCAUGCAAAUGACAGCAUUGAGACAUGUGGCUACCCCAAGAUCGACGACCCUGUCGAUCCUGCUCGGAUUCUCUCAAAAAGGGAUCUGCGCAACCAAAGGGUCGCCUUCAUGGGCAUUAUCGUCAUUAUCAACAUCUGCAUGGCGAUCACUGCCUUCUUUGGUAGGAAGAGCAAGUUGAUCUUUAUUAUCAUCCUGUUCGUCAAGAGCAAGGAUUUUCUAUCUGCGAUCUUGUCGCCUACCGGGUUGAUGUAUCGUGCUAUCCAUGACAAGUUCUGCCCACCCAAGCCUGUCCCCCGAAAAUGGAUCUUGUCUCUCAUCCCUGCUUACUCUGAGAGUGAGGAGCAGAUCGUCAAGACUAUCUUCUCUCUUCGGGAUAACGGUGUUGAGCCUCACAAGCAAGUCAUGGUCGUCAUCCUCGAUGGCAAGCCUCGAAAUGUUCGUUCGCACAUGACGAGAAUGGUCCGCGAGUUCCAACGUCCCUACGUUUCCCUCAAGUGGAAGAAGGGUGUUUUGAACGUCCUCGCCGGCUUCAUGGAAGAUGUCCCUGUCAUUGUCAUCGAGAAGGUCAAGAACGCUGGCAAAAAGGAUUCUCUCAUUCUCUGCCACGACCUCUUCAACUUUCCUCGUGAGAAUUCUCCUCUUUACACGAAACUUCUACGGAAGGAGAUGUGGGACGAGAUCCUACCUGAGUUGACAAAGGGAGAGGACUUUAAAGGCUUUGAUAUGGUUUUCUGCACUGAUGCCGACUCUACUAUCUACAAGGGUGCUGUCGCUCUUCUGGCUAAUGCUCUUGCUCGUGAUGAAAAGGCUAUUGCUGCUUGUGGACUUGUCCUAGUUGAGCUUGAACCUGGAUAUGAAUGGUCAUUUUGGAAUCUCUAUCAACAAUUUCAGUACACUUUUGGACAAUAUGUCAGACGACGAGCCGAAGGGUUCAUUGGCAAAGUCACUUGUUUACCCGGUUGCAUCACCAUGAUCGCAGUGCGCCCAGAAAUGGCUGGAGCUAUUCGGAAAUACGCCGAACCAGUUACCGGUGAACUAGUCAUCAACCACCAAGUCCAAUACCUCGGCACUGACAGGCGACUCACUUACUCAAUGCUGUCUCAGGGCGAGCAUCUCCGCACGCUGUUCGUCCCUGAUGCUGUCAGCGAGACAGUUGCUCCCCAGUCGCUGUUCCACUACUUAAGCCAAAGACGUCGAUGGGGCUCGAAUGCCUACUUCAACAAUUACUUCUAUCUGGCUGGCGAGAAGAUGAUCACCAUCACUCGCGUUGCUGCCUCUGUUGAAGUCAUCCGCCUGAGCUUGGUUUACUACCGUAUUCUCAACACAGCCUUGUUUAUCGCAAGCUGUGUUCGCCAUGUCUCUGCUAUCAAGCUUGUUCCUAUGUUGGUAGUUGGCCAACUGCCUUCUCUCUGGUUCUUCUGUUCUAUCCUCAUUGAACCAGAGCUACGAAAGCGAGGGCACAAACUUGCGAUUGGAUACCUAAUCAACAAGUGUGUAUCGCCAAUCAUGAGUGUCAUCAUCUUCACAAAAGUUGCCACCAAUUUGGGAAGUCAGGUCUGGGGUGUAUCUGGGGUCACGGCAUCUUCUGGUCCCGUUCCUCCUCAGGUGGAGAUAACAGAGGAAGAGGCGAAAUUGUUUGACGUUGAUGUUGAUGAUUUAUCUGCGGCCGAAAAGGGAGAAGCGCCUUUGUUGUUGAAAAACCUGCUAGAAGAUGAGGCGAUAGCCAAGCCAGAGCGUUGUCGCCUCAAGGAUGAGCGAGGAGAUGUCGAAUGCUAG